AUGCGAGACGAAAAACCUUUACUCCCUAGCCCUUCCAAAACACAAAUUGGCCUGGUUUAUUUUUUGAUUUUUACAAUUGAAUUUGGUAUUCCCUAAUCAGAAUAUGCACUAGAAUAUGUAUUUAUUAACCCUUUUUUUAAUCGGCACAAUUGCUCGGUUAUUUUUCUUUCGACGAUUUGGCUAUUUCCUUCAAUACUCACUUUGAUUUCUCAGCCAAUUUGGCACAAAUACGUCUACUCGGAUUAUUCGACAAUUAACUCAAAAAAGAAGCUAUUGAUUUACUUAUUAUGCUCUACAACAAUACUAGGAAUCAUCACUUUAAUUUCAUCAAGUUCAAUCGCUGAGCUAUGCUUUCGUGCAUCUAUUGAUGCCAGUGAGAAAGCAAGAAAUGCGUCUAUUAUUCUAGGAUUUAUAGGAUUUAUGCUAAUUAGUGCAAGCCACAACAUACUUUUGGAGAUUUCACUAGGCUUUAGUGAAGAUGAAAUAAGGAUCCCCCCUCAUUUGUCCAAUUUUCUAGUCUUUUUUAUAGGAUAAAAAAUUUUCAGGACCUUAUUUGUCCCAAAAUCUAGUCAAAAAUGAUUUGUCCCUUUUUCUAGUCUUUUUUGGAUUUUUUCGAAUGUCUAAAUUUUAGUUUUUUACUUUAAAAAAAUUAGAAAAUGAGACAAUUGAGGCCCUGGAAAAAAAAUUUUUCUAUCAAAAUUUUAGCUAGAAAAUUGGACAAAUGAGGUCCUAAAAACAUUGUUUUUUUCCUAUAAAAAAAACUAGAAAAUUGGACAAAUGAUAAAUGACUAGAAAAUUAGAUAAAUGAGGGGGGGGAUCCUUAGAUAGCUCUUAUACAGUUUGCGGGUGCUUUGGAAGAAUGGCUGGAUUCUUUAUUGCUUCGAUCGACUGUUUUGAAAUUUAUUCAUUUUAUAUGCAUUACAACGUAGGGGAUAACAUAACUUUUUCAUUUCUGGCUGUUUCUUUGCUUUAUGUUUUGACGAUGUGCAUUGCAGUGCCGUACAUUUCGUUCAGAGCCAAGAUUGAUUCGGCAUCAAUUUCAUACCCCUCAGCUAGCAGUCUGGUUUCUUUACCUUGAAAAAUGAAAUUAUUAAUGCUUACUUAUUUUUUGACCUUAGGAAGCAAUUUAUUGAUAUCAAUUUAUGCGACUUCGUGGGUAUCAAUGGCAAUUUGGGAUGAAAAUUAUAUAAAAGAAGACCAGAGAAGAUACAAUAUGGGACUAUCAUGGGGAGCCUUUACGCUGUUGAUAUCUUGCUUAGUAACCAUUGUAGUAAUUUAUGUUAUCCCUCUGAUAAGAAAAUACCAAAUUUUGAGAGAUUCUUACAUUUUAGGCUUAACCCACCUAAUUUGUGCAAUUGCUUUAAUUACUACACACGAAGUGGGGAAUUUCCAAUCAAUUUUUAUAAUUAUUCCGAUUUGUGGAUUUUCGUUUGGAGCAAAUAUUGUGCUGCCUCAGCAUUUAUUUUCUGAAAUGCAAUCUAACUACUUCAAGCAGUGUGAUAAAUUGCCUUAUUUGCAUAGAAGGUCUGAAUGCUCUGAGCCUAAAGAGCUUUCAGCUUCUAAAUCAAGGCUCUUCGAUACUAUUUCUAACAAUGAUAUCCAUCAGAUAGGAAAAAAUGAUUGAAAAGUGCUGCUUAAUAUGACAAGUCUGAUUUCUCAAAUCGUUAUGUUCGGAUUUAUCCCAGCUCUUAUUGCACUCUUUAUCGGAGGGGACUACAUUAAAUGGGGCAUGACAACUGCUGGAAUUUCAGCACUGGCAGGAUCUGUCCUAUCAUUUGCUUUAUAA